AUGGAGGCCCUGGAGGAAGCUGAACUCUGCUUUCCCCAACUCAACACCUCCUGCAAGAGGGCGAUGCUUCCUCACUCAGAGCUCAUCUACACCGUGUUGUCCUGCAUCACUCUGCUCACUGUGGUUCUUAACCUGCUGGUCAUCAUCUCUAUCUCACACUUCAGGCAGCUCCACACCACCACCAACCUCCUCCUGCUCUCUCUGGCUGUUGCAGACUUUUGUGUGGGUCUCCUGCAGAUUCCAAUUCUAUUUCUCCACAAUCAAGGCUGCUGGUACCUCGGUGACAUUAUGUGUGCUGUACAUUACUUCUUGGGUUUCAUCGUUAUCAGCGUCUCUGUAGGAAGCAUGGUGCUCAUAUCUGUUGACCGCUAUAUAGCAAUUUGUGAGCCCAUGUUCUACACCACCAAAGUUACUCUGAUGAGAGUGAAAGUAUGUGUUUGUCUGUGUUGGAUAUUUUCUACUGUCCACAGCAGUUGGAUCCUGAGGGAUUUCUUAAAACAACCCAACAUGUACAACUCCUGUUAUGGAGAUUGUGUAGUUGUGGUCAAUUUUGCUGAAGGACUUGUGGAUCUUGUUGUGACUUUAUUAGGCCCAAUUUUAGUCAUUGUAAUUUUGUAUUUGAGAGUCUUUGCCGUGGCUGUGUCUCAGGCUCGAGCCAUGCGCUCUCACGUUGCAGUCGUCUCACUUGAGCGAUCAGAGACUGUAAAAGCCAGGAAAUCUGAGACGAAAGCCGCCAGGACUCUCGGUAUUGUCGUACUCGUGUUUCUGCUCUGCUCUUGUCCAUAUUAUUGUUCUGCUGUUGCGGCUGAGAGCAACUUGGUCGGGGCGUCCUUUGCAUCCCUUCAGAUUUGGUUGUUGUACUUUAAUUCCUGUCUCAACCCUGUGAUCUAUGUUUUUUUCUACCCUUGGUUCAGAAAAACAAUCAAACACAUUGUGACACUGAAGAUACUGCAGCCUGGCUCCUGUGAGGCCAACGUACUGUAG